ACUGAGGGACUAAACUGAACUUCCUUUUUUAGGUCAUUGCUGUCCUAAACAAAUGGUUCUUUGUACUCUGCUUGCAAGUUUUCUGUGAGUUUGAGUGUUUCCAAAUUAAAAGUUAAGCCAAAAGAAAGACAGUGCUCUUUAACUGCAGGCGGCAUGGGUUUGAUCCUUGGUCACAGAACUACCAAAGCUGCAGGACACAGUCAAAACAUUAAAAAAAAAGAAAGAAAGCUAGGAAAUGGCACAAUUGCUCGUGAGCUAAAGUCAAGAAAUGAUUUUUUAAAAAUAAGAUAUAAAAAUAUGUGUUUAUGACAUUGAAAACGCCAGUAAAGUCAAGAGCUUACUAGCAUCAAGUGAGAUCUUAAUGGUGAGCAUCAAGUGAGAUCUUAAUGGUGCUCUGUAAUAGUACUUCAUUUUCUGAAUCCAUUCACUUCCCCACAUUCCUAAAUAACUAACAUUAGAAUCUCAGAUGCCACUGAUUAUAAGAUACAUCAUUAUUUUACAUAUUAGUAGGAAAGAAAAAAGUCUACCAAUUAAACUAUGGCAUGUCAUCAUUUGUGAGACAGCAAUUUCACAUAUGUUGAAAUAUGAAAAAAAUAUUAGAAUCAGUCUAAUGCAGAAUUUCUUAUCUUUUCUUUCCUCAUAUCUCAAAUACCUUCUCCCUAACUUCACUCUGAGCUUUCAAUUUCACUUAUAAAAUACAAACACUCGGGGAGGAUAUCCUCAUUCUCCCCCCACCAAAUCUGUACCUAUCGAUUCUGCUUCUCGUGUUAUUUCAAUGAAUAAAUUGCCCAGGCUCUUGCUUAGAACUGAUCCUCCCAAUUGUGUGCUGGAUUCUAUCCCUUCUUUCCUCAAGGACUUUGCUCUUGCAACUGUCCUGUCUCUCCUGUAUUGUUGAUUUUCCCCUCUCCAUUGUAUCAUUUUAAUUAGGGUACAAACACUGUAAUUUCUUCCAUCUUAAAAAAAAUUUCUGAACCCCAAAUCCCUCUGCAAUGGACAGUUUUACUUUCCUAUUCAUCUUUAAAAAACUGAAGGAGUAUGUCUAUAAGUACUUGCCUUCUCCCAUUGUUUCAUCCCACUCCUAAUUCUUGUCAGACUUCAUCAAACUUCCAUCAGUACACCAAAAGGGCAAGUUUCAGCCAUCCCCACAUUGCUCGAUCCAAUGGUCAAUUAUUACUUCUCAUCCUGCCUAACCUAUCAGCAGCAGUUAAUGCAAUGGAUCACUCCCUCCUCCUUGAAACGUUCUCUUCCCUUGAUUUUGCAGAUCCAAACCUUCCUCCUUUUCCAUCUGCCUCGGGAUUAUUCCGUCUCAGUCUUCUUUGUUGGGUCCUCUUCAUGUUUCUGACCUAAACUACUGUUUUACUAGAAAAGACUGAACUGAGUAAAGGCAAAUUAUUCUCUUAGCAAACUGCUGACUUAGAUUUUCCAGUAUUUAAAAAUUCUGAGGUCUAUAGCUUUUAAACAAAAAUGACAUCUACAUCUCCCUUUUAUAAGUGAGCAUGUCUCUUCAAGCAGCCCCAGAGAUACCAGAUCUAGAGUCUCCCUCUAAGGAGGCAGAACCGACGCAUUCCAGAAAUAAGCUCCAUAGGCUUUAUGGGAAAUGUAGUAUUGGAUGAAUAGCCUGCACCCCGCGGGAGCCUGGGGACUCUGGGCGAAGAGUUACUUCCGGACACGCGCGGUGGGGUGGUAGCCGGUAUUCUGUAAUUUUUGAACCAGUACUGCAUGAAGUGAAAGUUGGGGUAUCUCCCGGAUUUGGGAGAUCUCCGUAACCUGGAGAGCUUAGAGCCGGAGCUGGGAGUGUGGAGGUGCAAAGCUGGCAAAUCUCUGUGCAAGAGAGGCAGAAAUGAUCAACUUCAAGGAACAGGGUGUCCAGUUACUGAAACAACAGUGAUAUUCAAGGUGGAGCAAGGACAAGGCCCAUGGAUGGUGGAGGGAGAGAACUCACGUUGGAGCUCUCCAGCUCUUGUGUAGGAGGAUGUGCUGCCACUCCACUUUGACUCCUCACACUGCCUGUUGCAUCGAAGUGCUUGCCUGGUUCUCUCAAUUCCUGGAAUCCUCAUUGUUCUUUCCUCCUCAACACGAUGGCAGAUCUUUCCAUACAUCUAGUUCUAAUAAUGUAGUCAGCUUAUGUGGAUUUGCAGUCUUACUCCACCAACCUCUUUUGGAUAAGGUUAGAGGACUGGAGAGGGAGAAGGAAAUGGCAACCCACUCCAGUAUUCUUGCCUGGAUAAUCCCAGGGACGGAGGAGCCUGGUGGGCUGCCAUCUAUGGGGUCACAUAAGUUGGACACGACUGAAGCGACUUAGCAGCAGCAGCAGCAGACUGGAGAUAUAAAAAUGUUCCUGAAGGGAACUGAUAUUGUGCCAGCUGACCAAGAGGAAAAAAGAGAAGCUGACUGCCCACUUGUUGAUGAAUCAGACAAGCACCAGAAAAGCAAAGACAAUUUUUUAAAUUCAAUUUUGUUCAUGUUCAAUAAAAUUCUGACUGUGGAGAGACUUCAUGGUUAUAAUAUGAGUGCAAAUCUUAAUCCUACAAGAAAAAAAUCAUAUAAAUGUAAGUCAUUUGGGAAGAGUUUGCAGCCUACUUUGGACUUUCCUAAUUAUAAUAGAUGUUAUAAUGGAGAACACGCUGAUGAAUGCAAUGAAUGUGGGAAAGCCUUCAAAAAGAAAUUUAAUUUCAUUAGACGUGAAAAAAAUCAUACAAGAAAAAAACUGUUUGAAUGCAACACCUGUGGGAAAGCCUAUAGCAGCAAGGCACACCUUGCGACUCAUCAGAAAAUUCAUAACAGAGAGAGACCCUUUGUGUGCAGUGAUUGUGGAAAAGCGUUUACACAUAAAGCACAACUCGUGGUCCAUCAGAGACUCCACACUGGAGAGAAGCCUUAUGAAUGCAGUCAGUGUGGAAAAUCAUUCACUUGGAAUUCUUCCUUUAAUCAACACAUGAAAUCGCAUACACUUGAGAACUCAUUUGAAUGUAAGGAAUGUGGGAAAACAUUCAGGUAUAGCUCAUCCCUUUAUAAACACUCUAAAUUUCAUACAGGAGAGAAACCAUAUCAGUGCAUUGUAUGUGGCAAAGCCUUUGGCAACAGUUCUGUGCUUGUUACCCAUCAAAGAAUUCAUACAGGAGAGAAACCUUAUGGAUGUAUUAAAUGUGGCAAAGCCUUCAUCAAGAAGUCUCAUCUCCUUAGACAUCAGAUAACUCAUACAGGAGAAAGGCCCUAUGAAUGUAGCAAAUGUGGGAAACCAUUUUCCCAGAAGUCAAAUCUUACUGUACAUCAGAAAAUUCAUAUGUAAUAUUUACUUAAGAAUAUGAGAAAGCUUUAAUAUUUGAUAAGUUAUUGAGUAGAGAAUUCAUGGUGAGGAGAAAUGCAACAAUUUGAAGGAACUGAAAGAAUAAAUUCCCAUAAAAAAUCAAUGCCAGUCAUGUUCUGGAAGUGAUAAAGUUUUUAGAGGAAAGAUCACAGAAAAUGUUAAUUUAUAAUGAUAAAACUUAGAGCUUGGAAAACAUAAAUUAAACAAUCAAGGAAUCAGUGAAACUGCAUUUAGCAUCUCUGAUUAUUUUUAUAACAAAUUAUAUAAUUAUGCAAGUGUGAAUAUAAAAUAAGUUUAUAUAUUAAAUUAUAUCUAUUAAAAGUUUCUGAAGUAAAUAUCACUUUUUCUUCCAAUCUGAAUAGUAACAUGCAAGUGAAAAAAUGUGGUUUAAGAUAUAGUAUGAAUUUCAGUAAUAUUUUCAUCCAUUCACUGGUGCUUUUAAUGGGUAUGGCAGUGUUACUGAAUCUCCGAGUCUCCUCUUUAAUUCUGAAACUUGUUAUAAAGAUAUAUAGAAUUACAUGUGUGUAUAACUUAACAAGAUAUCAAUUGAGAUGGUGAAAGCAGUUGUAUUCUAUACACUAAGUGCUCAGUUGUGGAAAAGGAAGUAUUUAAAGAAGUAUGUAAAUAAAACAUUUGCACUUCAGA